AUGGCUGACUCAAAGAAUCAACAGUUCAAGACCAUGUCGCAGCCCGAGAGCUUCUCACUGCGCCGGGUGCCCCGGCUCCAGCGCGCCAGCUCGAGCCGUCAAGGGGCCCGAACAAGGAGUCCGCUGCUCAAGGCCAUGGACCGCGACCAGGAUACGGACGUAGGUGGCAACAGCACCCGGGUUCGCUUCAUUCCUUCGUUCCUGUUCUUCAAGCAGCUGUACGUGCUGCUCUGGAAGAACGUGUACAUCAAGCGGCUGCUCCGCCACUACACCACCACCUUGCUGGAGAUCGCCUUCAUCGUAGCGCUGCUGUCGGGAAUCCAAGAGGACUCCGUGGUCCGGGAGCCCCUGGACCGCCGACCCGACACCUACUACAAGCCGAUACACUCGGACGCCUACUGGAACACGCAGGAGGACCUGGCCCACAUUACGAAGGCGUACUACUACCCGGCGCGCAACCGGUACCUGUCCCGCCUGGCGCGGGAAGCGUUCCACAAGCUGGGCGUCACCGAGGUGAUCGGAGUGCAGACGCUGCGCCAGCUGCAGCUCGUCCACCCGCCCCACAAGGAGUCGAAAGAGACGCCGCGCCCGGCCCACUCCGUGGCGCUGAGAUUCACCGGCGUGCCCCAGAACGACACCGACACCGAACCCGUCAACCUGUACGUCUCGUUCAUGGCCGGCAACCUGCCUUUCGACUUGCAGGUGAACUACCGCCAGCGGCUGAUCUCCCAGCCCGACGGACCCGCGGAGGAGGAGCGGUUUCCGGAGAUGCACACCCUGCUGCCCAUCAUGGGGGCCCUGCAGCAGCGCCACCUGGAGCUGCAGGCCGAGCGGAUGCAGGAGCCUCCGCCGGAGGAACUGCGCCUGCGCCGGUUUCCCUACCCGGCCUACAUCGUUCACCGGGACCAGAAGAACUACGCCCUGGUGCUGACGCGCUUCUGCAUCGGCAUGCUCAUCCCGUUCACCGUGCUCGUCGCCAGGCUCACCGACGAGAAGGCCACCGGUAUGCGCGAGCUGCUUCGAGUGAUGGGCCUCAGCGACUGGGUGUACUGGGUCAGCCACUACCUGAGCGCCUUCUUCAUGCACUCCAUCAUCGUGUCGCUCAUGCUGCUCUUCACCUGCGUCAAGCGCAACGAGGAAGGCCGAGCCUUCAUACAGUUCAGCGACCCCACGCUGCUGUUCGUCAUACUCAACUUCUUCUGCAGCCAGUGUCUCAUGCACGCCUUCGCCCUGUCCAUGUUCUUCGCGCACCCGCAUUCCGCAAUCGCGGGCGCCAUGUUGUACUGGACCUUCAGCAACGCAAUGCCCUUCCUGCUUCUGGAGCACGCUGGAGGGCAGGGCUACUAUUACAUCGCCCGCCAGGACAAACUGCUCACCGCCAUCUUUCCCGGAAUGAGUUUACACUGGAGCUUCCGUGUACUGGAACGCUUCGAAAAGUUCGUGGAACGCGGCGCUAACUGGAGCAACUUCUACGAUCCCGCCGCGACCCCAGACAACGUGACCCUCGCCGAGAUCGUGUUCGUGGGGUUCACCUCCGACUGCAUCCUGGCAACCUUCAUCUGGUACUUCGACAACGUCUUCUGCUUCGGGCCGGGCGUCCACAAGCCUUUUCACUUUCCGCUGAAGCUCGGCUACUGGCUUCCGAGGAUGACCUUCGUCCCAAUGCUACCGACAUCAAGAGGAGGCGACGAGUUGCUUAACUUCGAAGCCGAACCCACCUACCAGGCAGUGGCUGUGGAGCUCGUCAACGCAAGCAAGGACUACGACGGUGUGAUUGCCGUGGACGACGCCUGCCUGAGAAUCUACACCAACCAGAUCACCGUGCUGCUCGGGCACAACGGUGCUGGCAAGACCACCCUUCUCAACAUGAUCACUGGCUUCGUUGACUGCACCUCGGGGAGUGCGCUGGUUGGCGGCUACGACGUGAGGAUCUGCACCCGCGACUCCCGCCAGAGCAUCGGCUACUGCCCCCAGUACAACGUCUUGUUCGACGACCUCACAGUCGAAGAGCACCUCAUGUUCUUCGCUAUCAUCAAGGGCAUCCCGCUGAACAAAGUCCAGCUGGAGGUGGUGACCCUUCUGCACGACGCCAGCCUCAUGGAACACCGCGCAGUGCUGGCCGCAAACCUGACUCCCGGCCUGCAGCGCCGCCUGUGCACCGCGAUUGCGAUCGUGGCGACUCCUAAGUUGGUGAUCCUGGACGAGCCGACGACCAACAUGGACCAGGAUGGCUGCCGCGACCUCUGGGAGCUGCUGCUCAAGCUUCGGCGCACCACCUGCGUGUUGAUGACCACGCAGCAACUGUACGAGGCCGACGUGCUUGGCGAUCGCAUCGCCGUCAUGGCCAACGGCCGCAUACGGUGCUGCGGAGGGCCGACGUUCCUCAAGCAGCGCUUCGGCACCGGCUACCGCAUGAACAUCACCAAGAUGCAGCGGAAGUGCAAGGUGGCGACCAUCACGACCUUGCUGCGCAAGUACGCACCCAAGGCGCGUGUCCAGAGCGACUCGGACAACGAGGUGGUCUUCAUCAUCGGCCAGAUGGUCGCCACCAAGACCAUCAUCGAGAUGUUCAGGGACCUGGAAUCCCGCACCGAGGAGCUGGGCGUCGAGUCCGUCGGCCUGUCGAUGACGUCUCUAGAGGACGUGCUGAUCCGUGUGGGCGAGGAGUACCACGUCCACCGCUCGCAGCGCAAGAAGGAGGGCGAUGACGACGCCGCCAGCACCGUCGAGGCCAAGCCGCGCCACGUGAAGACCAUGGCGGCCGUGAAGUCCUCGCCGGCCUCGCUGUGGGCGCGCACCCGGGCCGUGUUCGUGAAGCGCGCCAUCCACGCGUGGCGCGAGAAGCGCAUGCCGCUCUUCAGCUGGGUGCUGCCCCAGUGCCUGCUCACCGUGCUCUUCCUGCUCGAGAUCUGGGGCCUGCACGGCAGCACGCGCGACGUCGUGCACGGGGGCGACACGCUCAAGUACAGCUUCCCGGACAUCAUCGGCAUCGCGCAUGGCUUCGCGCAAACUGACUCCGAGGAGCAGAAAUUUCGGGAGGAGAUCCUGGAGCCAAUGUUACGUCCCGCGAUCCAGUACACCGUGGAACACCUGCCGCUGACCACGGACAUCAACACGUACCUGCUGGACAUUGCCAGCGACAAAUUGUUCAAAUACGUUUUUAACCUGCACUUCGGCUACCAGAUGACUAAGGCGACCGGGACCGUGCUGUGGUACAACGGCCAGAUCCAGCACACGGCGCCGCUGGUGAUGACGGGGUUCAACACGGCGCGGCUGCGCAACAUCACCAAGAACUUUAAGGCCAGGUUUAGCUUCAACGUGGCGGCACCACCGCGCCAGGUUCACGGCCAGGGCGUCAAGUCGACCAAGGCCGAGACUGAGCAGAUCCGGAGCCAGAACACGUACCGCGAGGUGCUGCCCAAGGUGCUCCGCUCCGUCUUCCUGCCGCUCGUCUCGAGCCUGAUGUGCAGCAACUUCGUUCUCUUCCCGAUCGCCGAGAGGGCUCUGCUGGUGAAGCACCUGCACCUGCUGACGGGCCUGAGCACGCUCCUCUACUGGGUCCUCAACUUCGUCUUCGACUUCCUCUUUUACAUCGUGACCGCCCUUUGCGUACUCCCUCCGCUGUGGCUGUUCCAGGCUGGCGCGCUCUCCGGUACCGACAUCAGCCUUAUCUUCUCGCUGAACCUGUUGCACGGAUACGCGGCGCUUCCGUGCAUCUACCUGGCGUCGUUCCUGUUCGAUAACCCGGGACAAGGCUGUUCCACGCUCGCCAUCGUCACGUUCAUCUUAUCGUCCGUCGGCUGCCUGGGCGAGGUGUUCAUGGAGCACUACGCGGAAGAAGUGAACAACGCCGCCGUGUCUUUCGUCAUCGGCACGGCGCGUCAGGCCGUGCGGCUGCUGCCCUCUUGCUCCUACUCGCGCGCGAUGACCAAGGUACUGCAGCUGGCCGCCGAAAGCUCGGUCUGCCAGCUCGGGGGAGCCGAGCUCGAGAGCCAGUGCAACAUCAAGGUCACCGAGACGAAGCUGUCGCUCAGGCAGUGCUGCGAGCACAUGUACAGUGCCAACCGGACCAGUUACCUGAUCCACCCGUUCGACAAGCACCCCUACUCUGCGUACUACGAGGUCGUCGCGCUCGCGUUUCAGGGCGGCGCGGUGUUCUUCCUGCUGCUCGCGUUCGAAUUCAUCAGGAAGCAACUCGAGCGGGAGCUGACGGCGCUCGACAACGAGGCGUACCAGGCGGCGCAGGCCGCACCGCAGUACACCGUUGCCAAUGCUGCAGACCGAGCCGCGACGGAAGGGAAGAAGGGUCACGGUUUGAUAGACAGCGACGUGCAGGAGGAGAACAAUGUGGUUGAGGGCGUCGUGUCGGGAAAACUGCCAGUCACGCCAGGAACCUCGUGGCCCGUGAUGGUCGUUCGUCGUCUGCACAAGUCGUACGGCUACUUUGAGAGCAACGUAGUGCUUCGGGGGCUGUGCUUCACCGUGCGCUCGGGCGAGUGUUUCGGUCUCCUCGGCGUCAACGGGGCGGGAAAGACCACGACGUUUCGGAUCCUGACGGGAGAGAUCGUGCCGCACGCUGGCAACGCCUAUAUUGGCACCGCCUCCAUCGUUGAGCAGCCUUCAAGCUUCCAGCGCCACCUGGGCUACUGUCCCCAGCGGGACGGCCUGCUCGACAUGCUCACUGGCGUGGAGACGCUGUCCCUGUUCACGCGGCUCAAGGGCAUCCCGCUGACGCCGCAGUACCUGGAGACGCUGCUCGACGUGUUCCGGCUCGAAGACAUCGCGGACCAGCUCGUGAGCACGUACAGUAUGGGCUCCCGCCGUAAGCUGUCGCUGUGCAUCGCCAUGCUGGGCACUCCCCGCGUGCUGCUGCUGGACGAGCCGUACGUCGGCGUGGCGCCCAUGGCUCGAAGGCGCGUGGUCAACUACAUCAGCGCGUUGCAGCACACGGCCAACAUGUCUGUCGUGCUCACGUCCCACAGCCUGGCUGACGUGGAGUUCCUGUGCAACCGGAUGGCCAUCCUUGGCGCCGGCCGACUGCAGUGCCUGGGUUCGCUGCCUCAGCUGAAGGCCAAGUUCGGCAAGGGCUACACCAUCACCGUGAAGACCUUGCCAGACCGAAAGCACGACGAAGUCUACCUGCACCAGGUGACCAACGCCGUCUCGGCGGCAUUCCCGGGCUCCGAAUUCGUGCACUCGUACGAGGGCGUUCUGGAGUUCCGCAUCUCGUGGGUGCGCAUGCCGUGGAGCAAGAUGUUCGUCCUGAUGGCGCGCAUCAAGAAGUGCUACAAGCUGCUCGACUUCUACAUCGCCGACACGUCGCUCGAGCAGAUCUUCCUCGGCGUGACGCGCAAGGAGGCCAGCGAUGCAGCGGCCGCAGCAGCGCAGCAGGGGCAGCAGGCGCCCGCCGCCGUUCACCACAUAAUGGCGUCCACGCUGGGCAUCUGAGCGGGGGCACUGCGUGUGGGAAGUCGUCGUCGCCGUCACCAGCAGCGCCGGAUUGUCCAGGGCACCAACACUGAUUGCGAAAAGAAAAAAAAAAGAAAGAAAGAAGAAUACCACCACGUUGUCGUUUUCUUACACUGAUUACUUUUGUAAGGGGUCUGUGUGUUUCCGAAUGAUACGUCGAUAAAAGGAGCACGGUACUACAGACCAACAUCGCAGAUUUAAUGCUGCCGAUGGAAUGUGAAGGGGAAAAGCCUACGCAUGCGCGCUGCCCGACGCCUUGCGGUUGAGACUGCAGCAGCCACCUCAUUGUCAUAGAGACUUCUCGUAAAAAAAUCGAAUAAGAACAUGCGGUUUGACGUCCGAAAGCGGUAAGGACUACGAGGCAGGCCAUAUAGAGAGGCUGAGCGGGUGUGUAAGUGGGUGGGAGAGUGGCGGGUCUCCAAAUUUAUUCCGGCUUACCUUCGCGUUCAAUGCGAACCUAAAGACGUUUUCGCAUUUCGCUCAUUGCUAUGCCGCCGCUGCUUCCGCAAACCCACUGAGCGAGUUCCUUAGCCAUCGCGGCGCCUGAUGAACGCCAUCACGUGAUGACGAGCGGUAGCUGAUAACCGCCUUGCGCGUUGCGCAGCGCGCUGAGCUGGCGCGCAGAGGCGAUCACGAUGAGUCGAUCGGUCUCGCCAUGGUCAUUUGCCCGGAAGUGGCAAUUGUCGUGUCGCAUAUCUUGUAUUAACGAACCCGCAUUUCACGAGCUCACUCCGCAGCCUUCUCUGCGCCAUGCCGGAUCGAGAGUCUAAACCCUGCCACAGUGCGCCGCGAAGCGCGGGAGCGUCAUGUCCUUUCCUGGCCGUCGCUCGUAGGAUGAGCUUCGCGCGCACCCAUCUCCACAGUGCUUGAUGCCGUCUAUUGAAGUAUAGUGGUAAUUGUACGCUUUUCCGUGCGCGAAUGUUGCUUUGACUUGAGCUCGGCCCUCAACUGUGCCGGCUUUAAUGGAUGAGGCAAUGGUGGCUCCAAAAAAAAAAAAAAAAAUCACCGACGAUUACGAUACUCCGAAUGCGAAUUUCGAGCGCAGCUCUGGACGUGUUUUCUUUUUGCGAUAUAUUGCCUGGCGCGUACAAUCGGUCUCGUGCGGCACGUUGCUAACGAAUCCAAGUGUGUCGCGACUGCCUUGCCAAUCUGGAGAUCGCCAGAGCCAGCGCGAGGGCUAUGCGUGGGCGCGAUUCACAGCAGCAGCCGCCACCUACGACAGACCUCCCAGACGACGCCCGCUACUCUGGCGCCAUCUCGUCGUCAUCGUCGCCGCACUAUACGCUUUGCUUCUCAAGCUUUUGCUAUACCCUACUCCGCUUUCCGCCUCAUGUUUCCGCUGUGCCCUCCUCUCAGCUUUCUGCCUCGCGCCUUUCAUCCCCCGCUGCGAUCCACGUUCGCUUUCAUCCUUUCCUGCGCUAUAGUCUGCUCGGUUACGCCGCCGACGCCGACGCUCGCCGC